UUUUUUUUUAAAUCAGCUUUUGAUACUGUUGGGUGUUCAAUUUCAAAGCAUUUUCUAAAGCUGUACCUGUAUUAUGUCCGGAUUUGUUGUUUUGUUGCUAAUGGUGGUUACCUGCCUUUUAGGAGUUGUUACAGGUGCACCCAUAGAACUCGUUUCUUAUAUAGAAGAUCUCAAUGUCUCGUUUGAAAACGAUAAAUGGAUUUGUGGCGGUAUUACAUGUCCCUCGAAGACGUUUGGAUGUCGCGUUCAGCGUUUAACGGACACUAAAGAUGACAAAAUGUUGCACUCGAUUUAUACAUGCUUCGACGAAAACAAGUUAAAUGUGAAAGUUGAAGCAUCUAUCACUGAAAUGGCAAAACCUAGAAAAAUUGACAUAAAUCUAGAAUCCUAUGUGGGAGCAGUCUCCGUCUUUUCAUCUGGAUAUGGCCUCGGGGGACAUGAAAAUGCCAAAGGAACCGUAUCACCAGGCGCCUGGAAUGAGUUAAAAGAGACUGCCAAGCAAAAUAAAAAUACAGUGGACGAGUCGAAUGCUGCGUUUGAAUAAGCAAAUAAAAAUGGAUUUGUUCAAUAAAAAAAAAACACCUAGCAGUCUUCUGCGGUUACCCAGACAAAGAAGUAUUUGCAAUUAUUAUUUUCGUUUCAAUAAAAGGGCCGCUGCACAGUUUGUUUGACAGUUUGUAUUUGA